CAACGCAAAAGAUGAUCUUUGCACUCUGUCUGACUUUUCCACUUCUGAUGGAGAUCGCUGCAGCUCAAUCUUCAUCCAUGCGCCUUGUUUCAGCCAACGUAGGAGAAACAGUGAUUUUACCGUGUUUCCAAGACAAUUUGUCACAGCACUUCCUGUGGUACAAGCAAACCUUGGGAGAUACACCUAAAAUAUUAUCAUCCUUUUAUACGUAUGAAAAGGAUCCUGUAUUCCACAAUGAAUUCAAAAACAACCCUCGUUUUUCAGUGCUAUGUGAAGAAGGAAUGAAUCACCUAAAGAUCUCAGACAUACAGCUCUCAGAUUCAGCAUCGUACUACUGUGGAAGUUCUCAUGUCAAUGAGUUGAAUGUACUAGUAGGAGCCAUUCUUAUUGUUAAAGGUUCUGAGUCCAGAAACACACCUGUUGUAUGGCAGCCUGAAUCGGAGUCGGUCCAUCCAGGAGAAUCUGUGACUCUGAACUGUACAAUAAACACUGGGACCUGUGAAGGAGAACACAGUGUCUAUUGGUUCAGACAUGACUCAGGAGAAUCUCCUCCAGGAAUCAUUUAUACCAAUGGAGACAGGAGUGGUCAGUGUAUGAAGAGCCCUGAGUCUGGGUCUCCUACACAGAGCUGUGUCUACAACCUCCCCAAGAGGAACCUCAGCCUCUCUGAUACUGGGACUUACUACUGUGCUGUGGCCUCAUGUGGAGAGAUACUGUUUGGGAAUGGGACCAAGCUGGAUGUUGGAGGACAUUACACUGAACCUGUUGUCUUGGUGUACUGUCUGGGAGUAGCAUUGGGCGUCUCAAUCAUCCUGAUCAUUGUACUUACCUGCAUUAUUUACAAGAUGAAUAUGAUGAUGUGUUGCCAGUGCAGAGGAUUUGACUCCCAGACAAGAGAUCCUACAGUUUCCCUGUCAAAUGCAGGGAACCAGGAUGCAGACAAUCUUCAUUAUGUUGCUCUGAAUUUGAACAAGAAAAGGUCUUCAAGACAGAGAAGUAACAUGCAGGAAGAGACGGUGGUCAUAUACGCCGGAAUUAGACAAUAGAACAGGAGGAAAUCAUGCAUCAUAUGCUCUUACAAUGUGAAGAUAUCCAGAGUGGUUAGGAAUAGAGACCAAAACACAGACAAAGUGAGGGGGUGGGAUGUUGCCGAGUCAGGUGGAAUACACGGGGUUGUCGAAUAUCUUAACCAUGCCAAUUGUGUUAAUAUCAGCUAUUAGAAUAUUCUGGGG